AUGCAUUCCAGUUAUCAAAAUCGACGCCAGUUUGUCAAGCUGCUCCUGUUCCUGCUCCUCCUCUUUGCCAGCUGUGCCGCACGCCCUCCCACGCCCCAUACCAUCUACUACAACAAUCAGCCGCCAGAUGCGAAGGGAAACUACCAAUUCGAAUUCCAGACCUCCAAUGGCAUCACCACCAAGGGCGCGGGCAACGAGGCUGGCGCCGUGGGCGUGGUCCAGUACGUAUCCAAGGAGGGCCUACCCAUAACCUUCACCUAUGUGGCCGACGAGAACGGCUACCAGCCGAGCGGAGAUCACGCCAUCAAGCACCUAGAGCGACAGCUGGAAUACAUACGCACGCAUCCAACCGUAGACGAGGUGCUAUCGAGGCGUUGGUAGUGAAUCCUGAACAUA